AUGCUACAAAUGAUCAAUUGGGGACUAGCGAGGGCCUGGAGACCUACUGUACGUUAUUCGUCGACCAUACAGUUGAGAGACUACCAGCAGCACGUGAUAGACCUCUGCAUGAACCGGAUACUGAGUAAUAGAGGCACCAGGGCUCGAUUCGGUGUUUCUCUGGCUACUGGAGGCGGUAAGACCGUCAUAUUUACUAAUUUGAUCAAACAGUUGGGCGAGCAGCAUCGGUUUGCACGCACACUCGUGCUCGCACACCGGCGAGAGCUUGUGAACCAAGCGGCAGGAACCAUAAGAAAGUUCAUCCCCAAUAGUAAUGUGCAAAUCGAAAUGGGAAAGUUCGUAGCGUCUUUGGGCGACGAUUCGCAUGAGUUGCAAGUGGUAAUUGCCUCUGUACAGUCUCUGAUCAGACGGCUAGAAAACUAUCAACCGAACGCUUUUGAUCUUAUUAUCAUCGAUGAAGCACAUCAUGCCGUGGCGAAAUCGUAUCUCCAGAUUCUCCAAUAUUUUAAGCAGGAUGUGCCAGUAGUUGGAUUCAGUGCAACAUUUGAAAGGGCCGACAAGAAGGCGCUGGAGACUGUAAUAGACGAAAUUGUUUAUCACAGAGGCAUUUUGGAUAUGAUUGAGGACAAAUGGCUUUGUGAUGCAAAAUUUACGGCUGUGAGUGUGAAUUGUGAUCUGUCCGGCGUGGAAACUUCAAGUAAUACGCAGGAUUUUAUGUUGGAUAGCUUGUCCCAAGUGAUGAACAGGAAGGAGGUCAAUGAGAUGGUAUUUCAAAGUUAUCAGCAUAAGAGUGCUCAAAAUGAUGGCUUUAAUUCCACUCUACUCUUUGCGGUAGAUAUUGAGCAUGUAAAAACUCUGUACCAGCUUUUCAAGGACCAUGGGAUCAAUGCAAACUACGUUACUGCGAAUACGCCCGCAGACAAGAGAGAUCAAAUAGUAACAGAUUUCAAAAAUGGGAAGGUUGAGGUGCUAAUGAAUUGUGGUAUCUUCACUGAAGGUACGGAUAUGCCUAAUAUCGAUUGCAUACUUCUAUGUCGGCCGACCAGAUCACGUUCUUUGAUGGUUCAAAUGAUUGGUCGUGGCUUAAGAUUGCAUCAUUCCAAGGACUUUUGUCAUAUCAUAGAUUUUGUCGGGGCCUCUAAUGUUGGCGUCGUAUCAGUGCCGACCUUAGCUGGUAUCAAGCAUUUUGAUGGCAACUUGGAAAAUGCCACAAUGCAAGAGUUACAGAUGAUCAAGGAAGAUAUAGCAUCGAGGCAGAUGGAAGAGCGAAAAAAAGAAGAGAUCCAGCGGGAGGGUUUUCAUGAUUGGAUGAAAGAUGUGACUUCUUUCGAUCUGACUUUGAGUACAUUCGACAGUUUCGAAAACUACUACAAACGACAACAAGAACAUUCCAACUCACCAAUGAACGAACCUCUCGAUGACAAGACUUACUUUUCGAGCUCGGUGUACCCUUGGGUCAAAUUUGCCCAGAAUGCCUGGGCUUUAUCCCUGCAUAAUGGUCAUCACUUGAGACUCUACAAGCAAAAGUCAAAGGAUAAAUCAUUCGAAUACACAUUGAACCUUUAUCGCGAGAUACCUCAUUAUCUAAGAGAUGAAGUAGGCCCAAAAUUUGUGAAAAGAGAACUGAUAAAAGAUAAGGACUUUACAAAGAUUCCGGGAAAGGUCGAAGAGGUGAUUGAAAAUUUAUCGAAGCCCAAGGACGACGAACCGGUGAAAAACUUCACCAAGUUUGCCAGGUGGAGGAAAGAACCUGCCACUGCAAGACAAAGAACGGUUGUGAGCCAAAGGCUCAAGUCUCGACUACGAAAUGACAAAAAAUCGUAUGCAUUAGUAUCUCAAGACCUUGCCAGUUUUAUUGGAAAGAUUUCUAAAGGAGAAGCCGCCAAAAUAUUAUUUGCCACUAGUCUGGCACCUGCAUAUCCGAUCGAUUCGCUGUUGAAAGUCUUGGACUACAGGAAACGAUCAAAUUUAUAG